AAAAAGUCCGUGUUGUGGUGAGGAGGGAGGCCCCGAACCUGACCUUUCAGUGAAACCUUUUUGUAUCUAUCUGUGAAAGCAGCAUCAUGCAGCGACGAUUGCUACCAAUUAUUGUGAUCCACACCACGCAGGGCUUUUUCGCUGGUGUUAUUUUAUUAUCAGCAAACAAACUCUCAUCAUAAUCUCAAAAUCUUCUGGAACAGAAAACCUCAAGAAAAGCCAAUAGUUUGUUACCACCGCCACAAUGGACGAGCAGCCAGCCAGCACCGAGAACAGUGGGCCUCCCUACAAAAAUGGAGGGUUUGUUCAGCAACUCAUUGACUUCAAGAAUGGGUACUCGAUGAGAGGAGGAGAUUGGGGUAGUCUCACACAGAUCUUCUUUGACAAUCUCUCUACCCUCUUGGGGGCGUUGUUUGCCAUUCAAGAUAUGCGCAAUUUUGGAGCUCCUAUUGAUUCCAUCAACGCAGUCAUUUGGGGCAAGAUUGUCCCUGGUGUUGGGUUGACCAUGCUUCUUGGGAAUACCUACUACACCUGGCAAGCCAUUCGGUUGACCAAGAACUGGGGACGUCCCUACACAGCCCAACCCUAUGGACUCAACACACCUGCCGCCUUUGCAUUUGUCUUCAACAUCAUGUACCCCGUCUACUUUGCUAAUUUAGAUGAAGUGGGCCCCACGGAAGCGUUUGCCAGGGCUUACAAGGUGGCUCUGGCUGCCAAUUUCAUCACAGGACUCAUCUCCACGGUGUUGGCAUUCUUUGGUCCCUUUAUCCUCAAAGUUGUUCCUCCUGCAGCUCUAUUGGUCCCCAUCGCUGGUAUCGGUGUUGCCUUUUUGGGGCUUGAACAAGUCACAAAUAGUUUGGCUGCGCCUAUUGUCGGAUACAAUUGUAUCAUGUGGGUAUUCUUGGGAUGGUAUUCUGGAGUCCGCCUUGGCUAUGGUUCAUUCCGUCUGCCAGAAGCUCUUCAGGUCAUUUUGGUGGGGAUCAUUUUGGGAUGGAUCACAGGUCUCAAUCAAGGACAAACUGUUAAGGAUGCAGCUGAUUUGGUCAAAUGGUAUGGACCUGACUGGUCAGCAGGUGAUCUCUUUGCUGACUUUGGAUUGGUCAAGGAUUAUAUGGGCAUUGUCAUCCCCAUUGGAAUCUCUGCCACUGCCACUUCUUUGAUGUGUUUGGUCAGUGCUAAGCAGGCAGGAGAUCCUUAUCCAGUCCGAGAGAGUCUGAUUGUUGAUGGAAUUGGAACGAUGAUUGCCAGCUUCUUUGGAAGUCCCUUUGGAACUGUCCUUUACAUUGGUCACCCUGCAUACAAGAAGAGUGGUGCUCUCACUGGAUACAGUCUUACAAAUGGAUUCAUUUACCUCUUCCUAUCCUGGUUUGGAAUUCUUGCAUUGGUGCAAUCCAUUGUCAACCAAGCCACCAUUGGACCCAUUGUGCUCUUUGUUGGUCUUGCAGUGAAUGAGGAGGCUCUCCACUUCAUCCCCUCAAGACAUUAUGCUGCCUAUGUGGUUGGUCUUUUCCCCUCCAUCUAUGACUGGGUUGUCAACGUUUCAAACAGGAGCCCCAUCCAAGAUGAUUAUGGAGGCAACAUCAAUGUGACUGGCUUGAGCGGCUGGUUUGGAGUCUUGGCUUGGAAGAGAGGUGCUCUCUUGGUGUCCUUUGUGUGGGUGGCAAUGCUUGUCAAAGUAAUUGAUCGUCACUGGUCCAUGGCAGCAGUCUGGUCCAUGAUUGGGGCUGCCUUUGCGCUGUUUGGAAUCAUCCAUGUUCCUGAAGCAGGAUUUGAUACUUUUGCUCAGCCAACAUGGGAACAAUGCAGCACUGUUACAUCCUGUACUGGAGAAGGGGAGUCAGAAGUAUGCACAAGCAAUGCGGAGUGUUGGGACAAUGGUGAACAGUGGAUGUUCUUUUUGGCAUAUUUGAUGUUGGCAGCCACCUUUGCCCUUCUUUUCGUUGCCCAAAAGUAUGGAAAUGAUCCCACCUUGUUGCCACCCAUGGUUGAUGAAGAAAGUGACAUGGCCUUUGCAGAUUGGUUUGCUGAUGCUGCAGUUGACACUAGCAAGCACCCUGCAACUGUAGAGGAAGAGCAAGAAGAAGAACGGAGCAUGGGUACUGAUCCUCUCAACCCAAAGACGGUUGAAGACUCUCCCCCAGAUUCUGAAGAAGACAUCAAAAUGGAAGUGUCGGCUUAGAAGCGCUUGCAUUCCCCAGAAACCGGAGCCAUUCUUUGAUCUGAUAAUGACUUGGCUUGAUCGUUCACCGAUCCUCCAUGUUUGCCUGUUGAUUGCAUAUGAUUUUGAAUCUCUUUUGUCCGUAGUAGUUCCGUAACAAUAGAGUGCAAUUUUGCUCUUGUC